AAAUAGCGCCACACAGACUAUCUGGUUUAAAAAUCGGAGAUUUAAAUGCAGAGACUCAUCGACAACUUUGUAGAAAACUAAACAUCGACGUUUCUGAUAAAGAUUGGAGAACUCUGGCAGGGCGCAUGAAGUACACUACCCAACAAGUCAAAGAAUUCGCUCAGGAUGCAAAUCCUGCAGACAAAUUGUUGGACUGCUGGAGCACAGGCGAGGGACAUGAUGUUGCUUCCUUGAUAGAACUCGUGAAAGGGAUGAACAGGGAUGAUCUGGUUGAGUUACUGGAAUCUGACCCCAACCCAACGAAAUUUUAUCUAUGA